UUCAAAUCUGUGUCAAUGUUUAAUCCAAGAUGGCUGUUGUGCAGGAGCAGACGAAACGUGAAUCAGGUAGAAUAAAAGAUACCAACCAGAAGCGUAUUUUAGACAGUUAUACCCGGGCUAAGCGUCUACGUAAGCAGUUAGAAGCUUUAGAACAAGAUAACUACCAAGAGGACCCCCAAGCUAACCUGGUGAUUCCUAACAAGAAACUACCACAGUUUGAUUCCAAUGAAGGAACGCCAGCUAAAAAGAAGAAGAAGACGAGGGGUGAUCACUUUAAGCAACGAUUCAGAAAGACUUUCAAUGUAUUGGUUGAAGAGGAGCAACUGAGCAUGCAGGAACCACCCAACUACCUGACAGCUUGCAUCCCACGCUCUAAGUACCCCGAGAGAAAGUUCUGUGCUGUGUGCGGUUUUCCAUCUACAUAUACCUGUGUGAGUUGUGGAGCAAGAUACUGCAGCAUCAAGUGCCUUGGAACUCAUCAAGACACAAGAUGCCUGAAGUGGACUGUGUAGCUUGAAGUCUGUAGCAGUAUGUACAUUGUAUUUGCGAUUGGCAACUACUAGGAUUUAUGACGUGAUGCUAUAUGUGUGGAAUACAAAAUAGUCAACUGAAGAUUGUGCGGCUUGCCGAGUGGUGUAGUAGUGCCCUUGUAAAAACCAAACUUGGCUUUUCAAAGUUGAACUAUUUGAUCUUAAGAUGAAUACAUGGACCAUAGAAAGAGUCAUCAGACAUGCAACUCAUUUGUGAAGCCAUUCUGGACAUGUGCUAUGUGAACUAAUGAAAAAUGUAGAAAUAUUCAUUCAAUGCAUGUUGCCAUUUUUGCCAUUCACACUUGUUACAAGGUAUUGAUAUGACAGGUUCACAGCAACCUCAUAGUGCAGUCAACUCAAGCCGGCCUCAGGUCGGCCUUGCGUCUGCGACUGACUUUUCAGGAUCACACUGUGCCUGAGCUUAGACCAUCGGGAAAUUUUCAGUCGGUGAUUAUUUACGACCUGAGUGUAACUGCGACCAUUUUUAAACACUCUGCAACAGUCACCGCUCAAAAAAGAAUUCAGCAGUCGCAAGAGUAGAACACUUCAACUGGAACGGCGUGAUCCCGACAGUUGGGACCCAAUCGCAGGUGCAUGAUUUCUCAAUUGCUGUGACUAAGUAUAUUUUGUUUGCACCUUGCCGACGGUUUGUGCGGGCGCAAGAAAAUCGUAGGUCGACCUGAAGCCGGCUUAUGACAGUGUUCUUCAGGUUCUAUUUUCUGUAAGUGAAAACACACCUGAAGGAUCUAUGGCACACUGUAUCUGCUUGUAGUGAAUUUAAAAAUUAAUUGUAUCAUGCCACAUUUGAAGGAGACUUUCUGGUUCACUAGAGACCCGACAGUCCAAUAUGGCAGGCAUUGUGUCAGUUAUGUUUCAGACUAAGAAAAUGCUAGUCUUGAUUGGCAACAUUUAUUUUGUUAACAUAUGUUCAGACAGUGUACUAAGUUAGACCCGGACCAUUUUAACUUUCGAGGUGGUGUUAAAAAGUUGUUCCCCUUGCGUUCAGACAGGACUAAUACAAAUAACAUUGUUGCAAAUCAAGAGUAGGCAAAUGCAAGUGUGAACAUUAACAGUUAUGACAUGUACAUGUAUGAGCAAGAUCAAUGCAUAAUGUUUAGAUUCUUGUGUAAAUAUAGGAAAAGACCUGGACCCAAUUUCAUGGCUAUGCUUACCGUUAGCAAAGAAUCAGUGCUUACGGAAGCAGGGAAUACUGUGCUUAUCAAUUGUACAUGUAUUUCACCGGUUAGCGGGGGAUUUUGGCUUCUGUGUGAUCGUACUUACAAAGCUAGCACAGAAAUUCGGCGCUUGCAGGUAGGCGGUGAAUGGUGACCGUAAGCGCAGAAUUCAGCGGUAAGCAGAGCCAUGAAAAUGGGCCCUGGUCGUGGUGAACCUGACCUGUUUAGUAAGAACUCUAUUCAUAAUGCAGCUAGCCACCACUAUAUUGCUCAGGACAGGCACUUUCCAUUCACAAUGAGACAAUGUUUGAUACCAUCCAUGUCAUGUACACAAGUGUUGUGCGUAGUUUACUCCUGGGCAGUUAAGAGUUUUUUACUUAAAACAUUUAUGAUGUCUUCAUUUUUGUACAAAAUGUAAAUAAAUUGUAUUUGAUAUUAAAUCAGAA